GGCGCGGGGGCUGCUACGAGAGCCGCGCCGGCGGGGCUGCUACUCGCCGUGUCGCUGCCGCCUCGCAGUCCGCCGCCGCCGCCGCCGCCGCCAUGAACCCGGACCUGCGCAGGGAGCGGGCUUCCGCGAGCUUCAACCCGGAGCUGCUCACGCACAUCCUGGACGGCAGCCCCGAGAACACCCAGCGGCGCCGGGAGAUCGAGAACCUGAUUCUGAAAGACCCGGACUUCCAGCACGAGGACAUGAACUUCCUCUCUCGAAGUCAGCGAUACGAGGUGGCAGUUCGGAAGAGUGCCACCAUGGUGAAGAAGAUGAGGGACUUCGACAUCGCAGAUCCUGAUGAAAUCAUGUGGUUCAAAAAUUUUGUGCACCGAGGGCGGCCUGAGCCUCUGGAUCUUCACUUGGGCAUGUUCCUGCCUACCUUGCUUCACCAGGCAACCGCAGAACAGCAGGAACGCUUCUUCAUGCCCUCCUGGAACUUGGAGAUCAUUGGCACUUAUGCCCAGACAGAGAUGGGUCAUGGAACUCAUCUUCGAGGCUUAGAAACCACAGCCACUUAUGACCCAGAAACCCAGGAAUUCAUCCUCAACAGUCCUACUGUGACCUCCAUCAAAUGGUGGCCUGGUGGACUUGGAAAGACUUCAAAUUAUGCAAUAGUACUUGCCCAACUCAUCACUAAGGGGAAAUGCUAUGGAUUACAUGCCUUUAUUACACCUCUUCGUGAAAUCGGGACCCAUAAGCCCUUCCCAGGUAUCACAGUUGGAGACAUCGGCCCCAAGUUUGGCUAUGAUGAGAUGGACAAUGGCUACCUGAAGUUGGACAAUUAUCGUAUUCCCAGAGAGAACAUGCUGAUGAAGUAUGCCCAGGUGAAACCUGAUGGCACAUACGUAAAACCUGUGAGUAACAAGCUGACUUACGGGACCAUGGUGUUUGUCAGGUCAUUCCUCGUGGGAGAAGCUGCUCGGUCUCUGUCCAAGGCUUGUACCAUCGCCAUUCGAUACAGCGCUGUGAGGCAUCAGUCUGAAAUCAAACCAGGUGAACCAGAACCACAGAUUUUGGAUUUUCAGACCCAGCAGUAUAAACUCUUUCCACUCCUGGCCACCGCCUAUGCCUUCCGGUUUGUAGGCGAGUACAUAAAGGAAACCUACCACCGGAUUAAUGAAGAAAUUGGCCAAGGAGACCUGAGUGAGCUGCCUGAGCUGCAUGCUCUCACAGCGGGAUUGAAGGCUUUUACCUCCUGGACAACUAACGCUGCCAUUGAAGCAUGUCGGAUGGCUUGUGGAGGCCAUGGCUAUUCUCACUGCAGUGGUCUUCCAAAUCUCUAUGUUAACUUUACUCCUACCUGCACCUUUGAGGGAGAAAACACUGUCAUGAUGCUUCAGACAGCAAGGUUCCUGAUGAAAAGUUAUGAUCAAGUCCACUCGGGAAAAUUAGUGUGUGGCAUGGUGUCCUACUUGAAUGACCUGCCCAGUCAGCGCAUCCAGCCACAACAAGUAGCAGUCUGGCCCGCAGUGGUGGAUAUCAGCAGCCCCGAGAGCUUAACUGAAGCGUAUAAACUCCGUGCGGCCAGAUUAGUGGAAAUUGCUGCAAAAAACCUCCAGACUGAAGUGAUUCACAGAAAAAGCAAGGAAGUAGCCUGGAACCUAACUUCAGUUGACCUCGUCAGAGCAAGUGAGGCACACUGCCACUAUGUGGUAGUUAAGCUUUUUUCGGAAAAACUCCUCAAAAUUCAAGAGAAGUCCAUCCAGGCUGUCUUGCGGAGCUUAUGUCUCUUGUAUUCGUUAUAUGGAAUCAGUCAGCAUGCGGGGGAUUUUCUUCAGGGGAGCAUCAUGACAGAAUCUCAAGUCAUCCAAGUAAACCAGCGUAUAAAGGAAUUACUGACCGUGAUUCGCCCCGAUGCCAUUGCGUUGGUUGAUGCCUUUGAUUUUAAGGAUGUUUCACUUGGCUCUGUGCUUGGCCGGUAUGAUGGAAAUGUUUACGAAAACUUGUUUGAGUGGGCAAAGAAAUCCCCACUGAAUAAAACUGAGGUCCAUGAAUCUUACUACAAGCACCUGAAGCCACUGCAGUCUAAGCUCUGAAGAGUCCUGAUGUAUUGUGCUCCAGAAGACAGCUCUAUUCUGUUUCCUUCCCUUCUACCUGUCACACAGAUCUUCCUGGAAUCUUAUCAAAUUUAGAAAGCUUUAGAGCAAAUGAAAAAGAAAAAACGACCCCUUUCCUCUUUUUAUAAAUGAAGAAAAUGAUGAACAGAUUUCAGAGAUUAAAUGAAAAAAAUCAGAUGUGUUUUUAAGUGCAAUUAACACUGAAAGGGAGCUGCUAAGCAUAAAAGAAGCUUUCAGAAAUGCAGUAUGACUUCCUUUUGUGAUACUACUGAUCCUGUAGGCCAUAACUUUUGAUAAUUAGCAGAACUUAACUACUAAGUAGUUCAUUAUUUUCACACCUCAGUUGCUGAGCAGUGGGUAUACGUGUUAAGGAAAGGUAUUUUUUAAAUGAUGUAGAACCUUCCAAGCUUUCCUGCUAUAUGCCCUACCUCUCCAGCCAUGGGAAGCAGCCAAAAAGCAGGACUGCCAAAAAGGAUUUGUGAGAAAAACUAAUCAGGAAGCUUUUUUUUUUUUUUUUUUUAAAUAGGACAGAGAGAAAUUGAGAAGGAAGGGGAAAAAAGAGAGAGACACCCGCAGCCCUGCUUCACUGCCUAGGGAGCUUCCCCUUUGCAAAUGGAGACUGGAGACUUGAGCUUGGAUCCUUGCACAUUAGGUAAUGUGUGCUCUGCAGGGUGUGCCACUGCCCAGCCCCUAAUCAGGAAAUUUAAUAUGAGUGGAUUUGUGCUUGACACAGUUUCUGACUAUUGACUCUCCUUUGCCAGUGUAUAGUUCCCAUGUCCUUAUUCAUAGUAUUGUUUUUCUAAUAACAAAGAUUUUCUUUAGAACAGGCCUACCACAGGAUCAUUGUUUAUUGUAAUUAGAAAUUAGUCUUCCAUUUGAGAAAACCCUGAAAUUGUCUCACCAGAAGCACUGCAACUCAUUUAGCCCUCAGUUUCCUGGGGAAGAGUUAGGAAGCCAAGUCAUCUCUACAUAUUAGUGUUUUGACAGUUGACGGGACUUUAAUCAAGGAUUAAAGUUUGAUUUGAUUUCCCUUCUUCCUCUAUAGAAAAAAGAAAGAGAGAGAGAGAGAGAAUUCCUUCUUAGAGUAAGUAUAAGGUAAAAACACCAGUUUUGGUUACUGUAACUUUGGUGACUAUGUGAAUUGGAUUUUAUGGGACAACUUAGUCUUUAAUCUUGGCAUAAGUCAUUAAAGAAACUUUGCAUUUACAGUAUUUAGCAUUAAAAAAUUAAAACUAUACUAAAAAAUCACCUCUUACACCCAGAAAUAACACAGAAAAAACUUUUAGAAAAGUAUGUGUUCUGAUUUCUGGCUCCAAAAAUAAUCAUUGAAACUUUAGCUAGGGAAUAAAUGAAAAUUCCAUAGAAUCUACUCCGUAUUGUAUACUGACUUUGUUUUCAGUCUGUUUCUAGGAGCUUUAUUUGAAUUGUGAAAUUGUCCUUUUCAGCUGAAAUUUAACUUACACAGCCAUUCUAUGUUUAAGGGUUACCUCUUAAUUAUUCUUAGAAUCAACGUUAAACAACACAACACUUGCUUUUUUUAAAGACCUGUUGAAUGUGUCUAAACAUCUGUCUUUAGCAACCAGUUCUAAAAUCAGUCUUGAAAAUGUAAUAUAACUCAGCAGAAAUGUAACUCAUAUCUUGAACGCUAUCAUGAAAUAUGUCCCAGAUCAACUGGCAAUGCAACAAAACCCAGCUAAAUACUAUCUAAUGUAAGUCUUAAUCUCUCUCUCUCUAGGAGAACUAGUUGGUAAUUGUAUUAACAUUGAUGUGAAAAAACAUUCUGUUAACCUCAUUUAGAUAUAUCUUGACAGUAGUUCAGGUUCUGGAAAUAAAAAAGUAAAUUUAAAUUGUUUGGUGACCUGUCAAAUGUAGAAUUAUUUCAAAAUUAGUAAUUAAAUACUUUUUUCAUCCUUGAAAUUUGGGGUCAGAAUCUGCAGAUGUUCAAGAUGAUGAAUCCAGCUGAAUAGACCUGGGAUCUGUCUUAGCAGUUUGUAGGUAAUACAGAGUCACCUUCAGUAUAGCACCUUGGGUUUUACUUUAAAGCUAUGAAGAAAACUAACUGUCGUAUUUGAGACUAUCUUUAUUAGCUUUGAGUAACUUGUCUUGAACCUUAGUCAAUGUAAUCAAAGAAUAAAGAUGAAUAAAACCUCACUGAUUUGUACAAUUAA